AAAUCAGUGCUAAGGAGGAGCGAGGGAAGGAGGCUGGGCUGAGGGCUGCUUAGUCUCACACACAAAGGCUUUGGAGACAGGGAAUGAAAGCAAAGGCUUUUAAUAUGUGUCACAAGAAGGUUGAGAGCUGGCUAUAGACACACUGUGAUAAGACAGAGCAUUGGGACUGCAGAGUAAAGCCGAGGCACACAGCUACAGAAGUGACGGAGCUGGGGGGUGGCCUUCCAGGAGGGCACAGUAAGGGCAUGAAAUGCCUGGCUUCUGGAAUACGAUUUGCAGGGGAAAACAGAAGAAGUACCAGCAAGAUCCUGAAGAGGUGGUGGAACAAGAGGUUCAAUGUGCCAGCAGCCAUGGGCUAAGGACCUUCAAGAAAAUGGCUCUCUCAGAUGAUGAAGAUGUGAACACCAUGCUACAUGGCACGCAGCUCUGGAAGAUUAAACCAGGAUGGCGGCAGCAAAGACGUUACCGACUUGAAUCUGAUGGGAUGACCAUCUGGUAUGAAAGCCGAUCAAAAAAGGCACGUUCCAAGCAGAUCUUCUCUAUUCUGCACAUUGAGUCUGUCCGUGAAGGGAGACAAUCAGAAGGGCUUCGGAGAAAUGGCCUUCGCUUUCCAGAGAGCUGCUGUUUUAGUAUUUCCUUUAUGGGAAGAAGAAGAAACCUGGACCUGGCUGCAUCUAAUGAUCAAGAAGCUCGUAGCUGGGUGCAGGGGCUGCGGAAACUCAUGGAAAGAGCUGUGGCAAUGAGCCAAAGGGAGAAGUUGGUUCAUUGGAUCCGGGAUUAUUUGCAUCAAGCAGACAGAGAUGGGGACGAAAAGAUGAAUUUUCAGGAAGUGAAGCAAAUGCUGAGGAUGAUAAACAUUGAUAUGAAUGACAUCUACGCCUACGCUCUCUUCAAGAAGUGCGACCGCUCAAAUACAGAUACUCUGGAGGACUGUGAAAUAGAGGAGUUUUGUACUCAGCUCAUGCACCGCCCGGAGCUGGAAGAGAUCUUUUAUCGUUACUCUGGAGAGGACAGAGUGUUGUCUGUUGAGGAACUACAGGAAUUCCUGCAGCACCAAGGAGAAAUGGCAACUGUGGAGAGAGCGCGAGAGAUUAUUCACAAGUUCGAGCUCAAUGAAAAAGCCAAGCAGCAUGACCUGAUGAUGCAAGAAGGAUUCAUGAUGUACCUGCUGUCAGCAGAAGGAGACAUCUUUAAUCAGGAGCACAGGGAUGUAUACAUGGACAUGACUCAACCUCUGUGCCAUUACUUCAUCUCCUGCUCCCACAACACCUACCUGACCAAUCAUCAGCUCGUUGGAGCCAGCAGCACAGAGUCAUAUGUUGGGGCAUUCAAUGAGGGCUGCCGCUGUGUGGAGCUGGACUGCUGGGAGGGGACAGGCGGUGAGCCAGUGAUUUACCAUGGACACACUCUCACUUCCAAGAUACUGUUCAAGGAUGUCAUCUCCACCAUAAAACACUAUGCAUUUAAAUAUUCUCCAUAUCCAGUCAUUCUGUCCAUUGAGAACCAUUGUGGGUUGGAACAGCAAGUGACAAUGGCUCAUCAUCUACGUACCAUCCUUGGGGACAUGUUACUAACAGAGCCAAUAGAUGUCCCUAGUCUAUCUCCACUACCAUCUCCAGAGGCUCUAAAGGGAAAGAUCCUGGUGAAAGGGAAAAAGCUGAGUGAAUGCCGGUCACCAGAUGAAGAGGAGGGGAGAACUAGGAUGGACAUUGCUCAAGAGCUCUCUGACCUGGUGGUCUAUUGCCAAUCCGUAGAGUAUCGAGAUCAAUCGGGAAGCACCUGUGAAAUGAGUUCCUUCAGUGAGGACAAAGUGAGAAGACUAAUGAAGGAGUCUGGAAACACUUUGGUACGCUAUAAUACCCGGCAACUCAGCCGUAUUUAUCCUGAUGGACUGCGCGCCAACUCUUCCAACUUUAGCCCACAGGAGAUGUGGAAUGCAGGCUGCCAGCUUGUGGCUCUGAAUUUCCAGACUCCAGAUCACAAGAUGGAUUUGAACAGGGGACGUUUUCAAGACAAUGGAUUCUGUGGAUAUGUGCUGAAACCAGAAUUCUUGCGGAGAGAGGAAACUUACUUUAACCCAGAGGAUCUCAGUGGCAGUGUGAAAAUGUUGAAUAUCAAGAUCCUUUCAGCUCAACAACUUCCUAAAUUAAACCAGGAGAAUCCAAACUCUAUUGUUGACCCAUUUGUACGAGUGGAGAUUCACAGUCUAGGAAAAAAGAGAGAGCAAGAGACUACUUACAUUCUUAACAAUGGGUUUAAUCCUACAUGGAAUGAGACACUACGACUGGAAGUGCUGUGUCCGGAGUUGGCACUUGUCAGAUUUGUGGUUGAGGAUUAUGACAAAACAUCCAGUAAUGACUUUGUGGGACAAUACACUCUACCGUUCCUGAGUAUGAAACAAGGCUACCGUCAUGUUCAUCUGCUUUCCAAGGAUGGGGCUGCCCUGUCUCCAGCUACACUGUUUGUACACAUGCACAUCGAAGAUCCAUGAGAGCCUAGAGACUUGGCAAACUGGUGGUUACAGACCUCUAUUUGUAUAUAAUGUCUCACAUCUGGAAGAGGGAAAACAGACUCAAAGCUCUCCAAUCAGAACUUGUGUAAUAGAGGUCUCUUUCCAUGAUUGUUCAACAUUUUCCAGUGCCUUAUUCUCCACAGUGUCAGAAGACAUUCCUAAAGCCAUGACGCUUCACCAUAAGGAGCAGUAAUUUGGAUACAGGGUAGUACAACAUUGUUUUAACACCUUCAGUGGUGACUUUUUUUAAUUUGGUCACACCUCCCAGGGCAGGUUUUAAAUUUUUUUACCUGCGUGUUGCCAGGGGUUUCAUGCACGUUGCAAGGGGUUUCACGUGCCGUGUCAUGCUUUUUGCCAGGGGUUUUAUCUCUGGGAUCCAUGCUCGUUGACACGGGGAAUGCUUGUUGCCUUAGGGAAUGCUCGUUGCCUAGGGGUAGCUAGGGAUGGCAAUCAACCAUCGAUGAUUCAAAAUCAUCAAUGGACUAUAACCAAUGUUGAAUACUUUUUCCAUUGAUGGGGGAGAACCAGAUGGUUUCCCGCCAUUGAUGGUUCAGUGUUACCAAAUAGUUGUUUUUUUUCUCAAAGGGUUAGGGCACAGACCUUGGCUUCGCCCCCUGACACCCACUAAGCCAUGAUCCCUGAUUUGCAUUUGUAAUGUAAAGCAGGGAUGACCAUCAAUGGGUAAAACCAUCGAUGGAUCCAUUCCAGAUGGUUUUACACCAUCGAUGAUAUCCAUCCCUAGGAGUAACAUUUGCUGGCGGGCUCUUGCCCAAGCGGUUAAAGUUUGUAUAAACUAAGCAAGCAUUUUACAUGGAAAUAACUAUAAAUCUAUGGUAGAUACCUAUGUAAAAAAAAAACACAAAACAAAAUGAUAUCAUACGUGCACAAGUAAUUUCAAUUAACUGGCACCUAUUUGAGGCAAGAGAAUUAAGGUGGAAACAAUGUGAGGUCUGCAUCUCUUCUAUAGUGUCCACAUGCUUUAUAAGCACCUCUCCAGGACUGGGCCAGGCUGGAGACACUUGCCAAUAGCCUUGAGAAAUUAUAGAUAUUUGUAAAUAUUUACAAACUCAUUCACUGCAUAUGAAGAAAUAUAUUUAAUGCACUAAUAGACUGCAACACACAUAUCUUGCACACAUCAACUAACCACUACACACCUGCAUAUGUUCAGUUACUUAACAAACAAUGACAAUGCCUAUUAUCUGGGGAAAAGGCAAACAUUCUCAUCAGUGUUUAAGCAGUAUUGACUUUCAAUAGCAUGGUUAUAUCUUAUACCGCUUUUACACCAACUAAAU